ACAACAAACAACAAUCGGAGCCUUCCCCGUUAUCGUAUACUUUCUCUCAUCCUCAAACUAUCUGUCGAUGAUUAAUUAUUAGUAUGACUUGAGAAUUACAAAACAAGACGUCCAUCUCUCCGAGAUGGCUUCUGAUAAACCACCUCAAAAUAUCCUUCCAUUGGAAUCGUUCAGUCUUACGGCCGCUCCUUCAAGUACACAUAAUAUCGUGUGGUCCCCCGACGCAGAAUUGGCCAUUGGAUGCGAUGAUUGUGUCUUCGUCUUUGUCCCGGAAUUCUCCAUUCCAAAAACCGCUAAUGGCGGGAGCGCCGGAGUGGUUCGACAGUAUAAUGAAACUACACUUAGAUUUCCAACUGUCGAGCAUAGAAGUCCAGAGUUGAACCGUCCUAUAUUUGACCUCGUCAAACAGAAAGUUCCAGACUUUGAGUACACCCCUGGGGGUGGUGGUUCGGGCACUGUGGCGAGCCAAGGCAGUUCCAUGAACCACCUCGUCGCCUUAGAAUGGUCACCUAGUGGCCUUGGCAGGAUGAAUCGUUCGGUCCUCGCUAUUCUUACCGGCUCUGGUUCUAUUACUAUCUACUGCGAAGGUGCAUCAGACGGUAUGAAUGCCUUCAAGCUCCGUGGCCGCAACGCUAGAGCCUUGAGUCCAUGGGUAGCCGCCUGGGGCGUAGGGGCAGGCAUGCUUUUACCACUUGCCAAAGGGCAUGAAGUAGACUAUACUAAAGAGUAUAUCACUUCUUUCGCUUGGGCAAAGGACACGGGCAGCCAUGGGGCGUUACUGGCAUAUGCGAACGAUGAUGAAGAAGUUGUCAUCAUCUCAGUUCAGUCCAAACACAACUCCAGCGCAACCCCGGGUGAUUGCGGUCAAUGGAGAGUUGAAGAAGUCGCAAGAUUCGUAGCUGAAGGGCCUCAUCCCAAAGUCGACCCUACCGAUCCAGAUUAUUCGCCCUCGGGCUCGUCAUAUGCACUAAGCUGGGGGCCGUGGAUGAAAAGGGGCAGGUCAAAAACUAGCAUAAUAUCGUAUGUAGCCAAAAAUUAUGUUGGAUUCAGGCAAGUUACCAUUCACCUACCCUACGAGCAUAUGACGUGUCCGAAGGUGGAGGUUGGUAAAGUUGACUCUAACGGGGUUUGCCAUUAUUUAUCUACGGAUGCAUUUGUGGUGUGGGAAGACCUGAUAUGGACUGUUGGAGAUUUGAAGGUCUGUCGCGGUAUUAUUGCUACGCCCUCACAAGCGAAAGCUUUUCAGAUACAGUUUGACUGCCAGCCGUCUAGCCGGGUUAUCAAGCACACUACGGACGAGUGCAAGACCACAUAUCCAGAUCAAGAAAACUCCGUAUUAACACAAAAUCCGAUCACAGGACUCAUAAUCCAUCCUCCUUCUCUCUCCCGGACGACAGGCAUGCCCUCGUACUCACUCGUCCGACUGUCGGCCACUCACGAGAACGACGGCUGGUUCCAGACUAACCUUCCGCUCCCUACAAAUCUGGAAGAUGGAAUUGUUGGGCCUCGAUGGGCCACAGAAAUCAACCAGACGAUUGAGCAUCAGCUUCCGCGGGCCAUGGCAUACAAGCCAAUGGCCGAUACUGGCAGUGCCGGGUCCGAGGACGGUUCAGCUGAUGAAGAGGAAAUUGAUGCCGAUUCAGCGGAGGGAUCUGAUUACGACCCCGAAGAAAAUUUUGCUGGCUUAGAUACUGAAGAUCAAGUCCAUAUUAACCGAGUCCGUAUCUGGGGAAUGACGGCUAGUCCAGGCGGGGGAAUUACCGCUGUGUUCACCAGUCACCAUAGUACUGUCUGGUAUGGGCGAGAUACAUACGCGGGAGUAAAGUGCCGCGUCCUUUUCGGCCGUCACGACUGCAAUGCAGACCAGAACAAGCAGAAAGAUACGGCUCUAGCUAUGAAGAAACUCAGCACCGAAGCAAAGGUGUUCGAAUGGAUGUAUGGAGGAGGCCCUCCGGUAACGGGACUCCUAGGCUCAACGGCAGAGGAUAAUGAAGAACAGGCCGCGCUGAAAGAUCAUUUCGCAAUUAUCGGCCGUAGUCAGACUUGCUCAUUCUGUGGCCUGCCCCUCGAACCGAUGGGCAAGAUGUCGCGUUGCGGUAAUAAACAUAUCUUCGCUACCUGCGCGACUACUGGAUUGCCAAUUUUAGCACCCGGCAUGUCGCGUACCUGCGGCGUAUGCGGCUCCAAGUGUCUCAAGCGGGAGGAUCUCGUCGUUAUGGCCCCUCAACUUAGAGACAUCAUCAUGGAUGAAAUAUCGGCCGAGUUGUGCGGCGGAUGUGGUGGGAAAUUCAUUAACUGAUUUGACAUACUUGGCGUUCGAUGUACGCGCUGGUACGGCUGGUAAUAUUGAUAGUGUCGUCAAGCCCUUAUUAGA